AUGUACUGGCCAGUUGGCACACCCCGAAUAUAUGCUGCUAAACUUCCAGCAGUUAUAUCUCCACCGGUUUAUGAUUCUGAUGACGGGUCAGCCGAGCUUGUACGGAAUAGUCUCUCUGCGUCUUCUGGCUCGGGCAACGGCGACGGCGAAGAUGAUGAAGGUUUUGAGGAGGUCAAAGAACUACCCGAGGAGGAAGAUGAUGACGCUCUAGGCCAGGACGGCCAGAAAGUAGGAGAGAAAGAGGUAGUGGAUCAGGAUAUGCUAGAUGUCCCAAAAAAGAACAGGGCGGACAGGGCAGAUUCCACUACAAGCAGUAUUUCAGGCCUGGGAAAAGACGGUGAACCAGGGCGGGGGGAUAUCAUUGCACUGAAAGUAGCGAGAAACGGGUUUUUGUUCGCGACCAUCACGGCUUCAGAGCUCACUAUCUGGCAGAUGAAGCCGACAGCAGUGGUUGCCCAUGUUCGUCGUUCUCAGUCGUCGUUGAACACGUAUGGCGUAAAUACAGAUGUUCUGAUUCGACCUGAUUCUAUGAUAUUUGUGGUUCAAACAUCACUCGGAUAUCUAAUAACAUAUUCACUUGUUAACGACCCAACUCGAGACGCCAGAGUAUACAAACCGGCGUUUGUAAAUAAUCACCAUUAUGCACGACAGAACGCAAUGCAUGCCAGCGGAGCUGGCGGGAAAGCAGCCAUUGGGGCGGGAGGUUUGAUGUUGGGUGUAGGGGAAGCUGGAGGAGUUAAAGAGUACUCAAUGAGGUUUAGGAUGGUUAUCAAGGUUGAUGCGGGAAUUAGCAAAGUACUGGCUCUCGACGAAGAAUUGAUGGUAGCCACAGUGAAACCUUCUGCAAUUCAGUGCAUCAGGUGGACUCCAGACGCGAAAGGAAACCAGACGACAACCGAAUUACUGAGCCGAAUGCUUUGGGUGCAAAAGAAAGCUAUAAUUACUGAUAUGAUUCGUGAUAAGCCUAUGAGCUUGUCAACAUGGAUCACAAACGACGGUCGAGCUUAUGCGGUCCAGAAGGAAAUUGAAUCAUCGCCUCGUAUGUUCAAAGGCCAUUGUUUUCACACACCCAAAACCGCCGCGGAGAAGGCAGAAAGGGUUUCCAUAAACGCCCGGUUUUCAUUGAUUGGUGUGUCGUGCUCUGGAGGUUCUAUCUACGUAUAUACUGUGAAAGACUAUAAUGGCGGUAUCCCAUUGUCGCAUAUCAUCCCUUCUCCCUCUUCACCGUACUCCACAGGAAAGGCAACAGUAAUAUCCUGGUCACCCGAUGGGUACUGUCUUUUUUCAGGAUACGAAAAAGGCUGGGCUACAUGGAGUGUGUAUGGAAAACCAGGAGGGAACUCGUUCUCUACAGAUGGUAGGAUAAUAGAAAAAAAUCCGGGGGAGGGAUAUCUAGUUGGUAUUCGAGAUGCAUGCUGGGUUCCUGGCGGGGGAGAAAUCCUUCUAGUGAAAGAAGGCGGCGACGAACGACUGUGGGUUCUAGAGUUCGCCAGGUCUGCAGUCACUGGCUGCUUCAGCUCGGCGAACAUCUCGCGCGCAGUCCUACAAACUAAUGAGAAGAUCCUCAUAUAUCGCGGUUAUGACCAGUCUGAUAUUACAGCAAUCUCCCAGGAGACCAGUGUUCUAUGGCAUCAUGUUCAGAUGCCAACCGUCUAUCUGGUUGAUAACUGGCCAGUAAGGAGUGUAGUUAUAUCACCUGAUGGAAGAUAUGUUGCGAUUGCAGGCAGAAGGGGUCUAGCGCAUUAUUCCGUCAAUAGUGGAAGAUGGAAGACAUUUGUCAAUGAGAAAAUGGAGCAAGAAUUUGCGGUUAGAGGUGGUAUGUGCUGGUAUCAUCACAUCCUGAUAGCUGCAGUUGAAAGUGAUGAUUCGUACGAGAUACGAUUGUAUUCCCGGGAAUUGCAAUUGGACAAUACAUUGUUGCUGCAUGUCGAGAGCUUACCAUCGGCUGUGGUCUCAAUAUCCCAAUCCGGUGAAGACUCACUCUUAGUUUAUACUCACGAGAAUAUUCUUUAUCAUUUCAUAGUCCAGGUAACGAAGGAUAGUGUCAGGAUAACAAAGGUUGGUCAAAUAUACUUUCAUGGUAUAGUUCGUUCUCCUGCGCGGGUUCGAGCGAUCAGCUGGAUUUUACCAGAGGAACAAACGCGUAGCGGCGAUCCAUCUCAGGACGUGGCAGUUGCAACAGUUGUUUUUCUAGUCGAUGGCAAACUGGUGAUGCUCCAGCCUACAUUGACUGAAGAUGGUGACGCAAAGUAUGAUAUGCGAACGUUGAAACAGAACGUUGAGUAUUAUGCAUUGAUGAGGGAACAUCCUUUGCAACAUCAUUUCUUACCGAGUGGAUCAGAUCCUGGGAAAGGGCCGAUAGAUUUGCACUCACCGAAUGGAAGCAGAAUGGGGGAUGGGUUGUCAGAUUCACUGUGGUUGUUUGACGGGACGGAUAUGCGGGUUUGGAGUAAUGUCCAGGAUAUACUUGAUGCUCCCCAUGGUGACGGCGGGAAGGAAAUCCCUCUACCAGUACGAAUUAGUGUUGACUUCUACCCAAUGUCUACACUCUUAGGGAAGGGUAUAAUACUUGGUAUUGAAUCUGAGUUGGUACAGCGGAAGGAUGUUAACUUCUCCUACUUCAAAUUUGCAACACGGACCCAUCUUUUCAUAAAUCAUCUUUUAAGGGAUCAUUUAGCAAAUCACCGACCAGACGCUGCAGUAGAGCUAGCAGUUGGUUAUGAGAAGCUCACUUAUUUUGGGCACGCGCUAGAGAUACUACUCCAUGAUGUGCUGGAUGACGAAGCGGACAAUGCUCCAGAACCUGAGGAUGCUGUCCUUCCGGGUGUAAUACAGUUUCUUACGCACUUUCCUCACUAUCUGGAUGUGAUUGUUGGUUGCACACGAAAAACGGAAGUCGCAUCAUGGAGCCACUUGUUUGCGGUCGUAGGUUCGCCUCAGGUUCUUUUUGAAGAGUCAUUAGCGCGAGGGCUGCUCAAAACCGCGGGAGGAUAUCUUCUUGUUUUGCACACGCUUGAGCAGCUCUCUAGCUCAUCACAAGAUAUGGUGCGGCUACUAGCGAGAGCUGUGUCAGAGGGUGAUUGGGAUCUAUGUAAAGAGCUUGCAAGGUUUUUGACAGCUCUUGACAAUUCCGGGAAGACGUUGAAAGAAGCUUUGGAGCUGGUCGAAUUAAGGAGCCCCGUCGAAGAAUUUGACCGUAGUUUUAUGUUUGAAAGCGCGAGGCUAAAAAGUCCCACAGCUGAAGGUGGGAGAGGUGGUGAAGGGGGAUUAGGCGAAGGUGCGACGGAUUAUGGGUUCCCAGAUGUUGGGGGGAAGAGCAGACAAGAUCAGUAA